UGACAUCACGCGCUGGAGAUCCACACCUGUCUGUUGUUUGUUGGAUUAACUUCGUUAACAAACUAUUGAGACGUUUGAUAAAAAGUGUUGGUUUUUUUUCUGUUAGUGAAAUGGCCAAAUUACAGAGUAAACACUAAUAAUGUAACUAUAGGGCAUUUAAAGCCGAGGAAAACAUUCCACUUUGACGUUGGCGUUUAUAGCAGGACUGGUUCGUUAGUUCUUUAGACCGAUGCUCACUCAGGUGUCGCUGUUGUGACUUCUACUUACCCGCGUAACAUAAGAAAUGUUAUACUGGUUAAUAGAGGUAGGACUUAAACUGUCCACCAUUUACCUGUCGAAUUCAUCAGAUAGUUUAAUUUGUACCUAUCGUUAUGGUCGCGGGUAAACACGUCACGCUUGGCUGAUUGUGAACAUGCUACACACCGCAGUGUAAAUAGCACAAAUAGCUUGCAGACUUUACUAUACAUGAUUCUCAGUAAGGGUAAUACAUGUAUACUGUAUGGGAACUUUUAUCGUUAUACAUUAUAUUGUGUAAGCAAACGAAGCCCUUGGGAAAGGAUGUAUUCAAUCGCUAUUGGAAGUGAAUUUCUAUUAUAGCUUUAAAUGCCAGAGGAUAUAUAUACGAAAUAGAAAUUACAUUUAAAUUGAUUGGAACUGUGGUGCGUGUGUCUCCUGCUAAUGGAUGAAAUCGAGCGAACGAACGGGUGUCUUUAAACGUGUGUUCAGUAUUUUUUGUAAAAAAAGGUGUAUACUUUGAUUAAUUAGAAUUAAUUAGUGUGAUGUCAUAUAUGUGACGUCAGCAAUGUCAACAACCGUGAGUGACUCUGAAACCGAUGGAGAGAACAGCCCUCGGAGGAGGAAGAACGGCUUACAUCGGGGGCCUCUAGAGGUAUUCAUCAUCCGAAUCUCGCCAGCCUGUCGGGCGGUUCUCCUCUACCUACAACAGAAUGAAAUCCCACACGUGUCUGUGGAUGUGGACUUUUCCCACGGGACGGAGCAUCUGCCCGCGGUGUUUCGGUCCCAGCCUCAUCAGGAAGUGCCACUCCUAGUGGACGGAGAGGUGGUUGUGUUUGAGGGCCCCGCCAUUUUGCGGUACCUGGCGAUGCGGUACACCGACUACGCCGGGUUUGGCCUGAGUCUCCAGCAACAGAUGAGUAGUGAGUCCAUUAUCAGCUGGGCCUUUGGCGAACUUCACAGGGCGAUAGGGUACAACUACAUCUACCCACAAUUCCUGGAGAAGUACGCACUGUCGCCGGAGGAGGCUAACGAGUCAAUGAUCGAACACGGACUCAGACAGGUGUCAAAACACCUGGAAAUCAUCGAGAAAAAGUACUUCAAAAACUCAAUGGAUAAAUAUUUGACUGGAAGUCGGUUGACUCUAGCCGAUACGGCAGUGGCAACUGUGUUGGUGCUAUUGGAGUGGACAGGAUUCAAAUUCAAGAUGUGGCCCCAAGUUGAGGCUUGGUUAAACCGAGUGAAACGUCAGCACUUCUGGGAUAAUGUGCACACAACUCAUUCAGAUUUUGUAAUGCAACUACAAAGAGCGAGCAUGAUUUUAGACUGACAAAUCUUGGAACUAUUCUCUCCGUUUUUAUUGCAGCAUACAAUGAUUUUUAAACUGUUUGGAUGCUGGGACCUUACCGUAUUGAUUUUCCUGGCCUAAUAUGAUACACAGUGGUGUUGUAUGGUUGUGCUACUUUAACAAAGCUUUAACAUCCGUCUGUAAAGUCAUAAUUUAUUUACCAAUUAGUACGAGAAAAUUAUGCAUAGCUUAUUUUAUCAGGAUAAAUUUGAUUUACAGCCACAACUACAUGCGUACAUGUUAACAGUUUGACAAACAUUUGAUGACAAGAAACACAAGCAAUAAUUGUCAAGAUAAGAUUUAGGAAGUUUUGAGAUGAACACAAAAGCCACCGUUGUGGUUUACUUUUCGGGUCGUUAUCUUAGUAAUGUAAACACUCGUAGUUGAGUAGUUGGGAUUCAAAAGCAAACAACAAAUCAAUACGUAUAUGUUAGAUAAUCUGUGUUUUUGAUUUGUUUGAAAUCACAUACAGAAAACACUAGGUUGUCAAGCCUGUCCUUAUCUAUUUUUUCUUCACAUUUGUUGUUUUUAAAACAUAUAGACUGUUUUGAUUGUGAGAGUUACUUGUUUUAUUGAAAAAUAAAUAAUUUUAAGGAAAGUUGAGAGAGAUAAACAAUUUAUGGUCGACAGGCUAUGAUGAAAAGUUAUCCAAAUGUGAAGAUGCAGAACCAUUUUAAUUGUGAAGGAUUGUGCUGUUGUAUAGGGUUUGGAUACAAAGAGUCCUGGAAGGUAGAAAGGAGGGACUGUUGAACAUUGAAGAAAGAAUCUUGUAGUAUUUUUGGUAGAAUUUCUCGCUAUGAUUUUUUUUGCAGCAGAGCUUUUGUCGGUUUCAUUUCAUAUGGUCGUCGUAAUAAUGAUAGUAAAAUAUUCUUGCCAAUGGUUUAGUGGCUUCUGUCGGGUGUAGCCUAUGCUCAGUUAUACCAGUUAUAUAGAACACGUGACACAAUCCAUACAAACCAUGAAAUCUUUUAAAUCAUGGUUAUCUUUUUAAUAACACACGUCUUUACUAAAACACAUCAAGAGACUAUAUUGUAUUAGACAAAUUGAUGUAACUUACACUUGUUGCUAAAUAAACACUAUCACUAUCAAGUC